AUGGUGAAGCAAACCUACACUUGUCAGCGCGUCUGUGCUGCUGCUGGCUUCAGGUGCUGCUCUUAUAUUCCUCCCCUCCCCUCUGAUCUGUCCUCUUUCACCUGCUUUUCCUCUGAAGUCUUGAAGGUGCAUUUGAAGCUCGACCGCAUCAGUCGGCGGAGACAGCGGCGUCUUGGUUUCCUUCCUGGAAGCCCUGUGGCCUCAGGUCAGAGGACGGCUGGGCGUGCGUCCGCUUUAUCUGAGGAAGCAUCAGCCUCCUCCCCCUGCGUGCACCCCCCGGUCUCACAUAAAGACGCCGUCGGCGCACGGAGGAAGAGCAGCAGCGGCGCGGCGUCGUCCAGAACCUCGGCUGCUUCCAUGGCCUGGCUCCAUCAGGGUCGAGGGUCUCCCAGACUGGUCCUGGUGGUGGUGUGUGUGGCUCUGCUGCUGGACAACAUGUUGCUCACUGUGGUCGUGCCCAUUGUCCCGACCUUCCUCUACUCCAUGGAGCAUCCCAGUCCGGAGCCCCAGGCCCAGCCGGUGCCGUCCUCCUCCCCCCGCUCAAAUGCCACCUUUGGCCUACAGGAGGUCCAGACGGAGCCCACGGGCCCGAGUGGCCUGGCCAUAGAGCAGCGGGUCAACAGAACCGAAGACUCCUCCUGCCUUCAGGACAGUGUGUUUCUGGAGCAGGAGAACGUUCGUGUGGGUUUGUUGUUUGCGUCUAAAGCUGUGGUCCAGCUGCUGGUGAACCCGUUUGUGGGUCCGCUCACUAACAGGGUGGGCUAUCACAUCCCCAUGUUUGCUGGCUUCGUCAUCAUGUUCGUGUCGACCAUCAUGUUUGCCUUCUCAGGAACCUACGCGCUGCUGUUCCUGGCUCGCUCUCUGCAGGGAAUCGGCUCGUCCUUCUCCUCGGUGGCAGGUCUGGGCAUGUUGGCCAGCGUCUACACGGACGACGAGCAGCGGGGCGUGGCCAUGGGGGUGGCGCUGGGAGGCCUGGCCAUGGGCGUGCUGGUUGGAGCCCCGUUUGGCAGCGUGAUGUACGACUUUGUGGGGAAGAGCGCCCCCUUCCUUAUCCUGGCCUUCUUGGCCGUGUUUGAUGGAGCGUUACAGCUGUGCAUCCUGCAGCCGUCAAAGAUUUCUCCUGAAAGUGUGGAGGGGACUCCGUUGCUGACGCUUCUCAAGGAUCCGUACAUCCUCAUCAGUGCAGGGUCCUUGUGUUUUGCCAACAUGGGCGUCGCUAUCCUGGAGCCGACGCUGCCCAUCUGGAUGAUGCAGACCAUGUGCUCCCCCAGAUGGCAGCUGGGCAUGGCCUUCCUCCCUGCCAGCGUGUCCUACCUGAUAGGAACCAACCUGUUUGGAGUCUUGGCUAAUAAGAUGGGACGGUGGCUCUGCUCCAUGUUGGGGAUGUUCAUUGUUGGUGUCAGUCUGUUGUGUGUUCCAUUUGCCACCAGCAUUUACGGCCUGAUUGGACCAAACGGGGGUCUUGGUUUCGCUAUAGGCAUGGUGGACUCGUCCAUGAUGGCCAUCAUGGGUUACCUGGUGGACAUCCGCCACGCCUCCGUCUACGGCAGCGUCUACGCCAUCGCCGACGUGGCCUUGUGUUUGGGCUUCGCUAUCGGGCCGUCCACAGGGGGCGCUCUGGUCCAGGCCGUGGGUUUUCCCUUUCUCAUGGUUAUGAUCGGGGUCAUUAACAUUGUCUAUGCUCCGCUCUGCUUCCUGUUACGAAACCCUGCUGUGCGAGAGGAGAAGAUGGCAAUCGUCGACCAGGAGUGUGUGAUGCACAGGAAAAGCUACAACACACACAAUCAGAGAUGCAACUUUCCUCUGAGCGACUACAGCGAAGAGGAGGAAACAGAGGAGUGACACAUGCUGCACAUCACGGUUCACCUACACCCCAGACGUCCUGUCAUCAGUCGGAGAGGAUCAACACUCACAGGCGUUUACUGUUCCUGAGGCGGAAGCUUCCCUCAUUUAAACUCAAAGCACUUCCCUGACUGACCCACUGCAGGCCGGUCGGCUCUGGGCUCAUGAGAAGG